AAGAUAUAUUAAUGUCUCAUCCACAAACACAUCCAAUAUUACCUUUUACAGAACAAUGUCCUGUUUGUAAUAUCACUCUAAAUAGUGAUAAUACUCGCACAAAAGAAGUUUCUAUCUACACAGAUUGUGGUCAAGUUCUACCAGGUAUUGUGUAUUAUCUUCGAUGUCUUCAUGCCAAUAACUCCAACGAAGAAAUCGCAGAACCAAUUCUAAUUUAUCCCAACUAUACACAACAAAAAAAUAUGAAAAAAUUUACAACAGAAAGUAUUCAACAUGGUCCGUAUGUUUACUUGGGAGGUGAUUAUGCCUGUGAAAGACAGCUUAUCGAACGAUACACCUCUGAUCUUGUUUCAACUCCACAUUCUUGGCAAAAGCAAAUAGACAGUUUAAAUCUUCUUGCUUUUAACACUAAUCAAUACCAAGUAGUACAAAUGAAUAUGCGUCGAUUUGCUCAAAUGUUAUAUAUUUUUAAAAUUAUCGAAAUGGAUUUCUGCUUAGGUGGUAGUAUCGUUAUUAUUCCAAAAGAAAUCGAUCAAUUCAAUUUAUGGGCUUGGUCUCAAUAUCCUCGUCUUUUAUCAAGAUUUAUUAAUUUAUGGUCAAAUCAUAAAACCCUUAUUGGUCCUUGUAAAACACCAAAUGAUAAUUGUUCAUCUUGCUUUACAAUCGAUGGUCACCAAAAAGCACGUCGUCGAGUUUGCCGUACGAAACAUGUUGAUUAUCUAAGUAGUGAUUUUACUAAAUCUUUAGUUAUUGGAUGUUGGAGGACACCUAUUCGUCAUUCAUUACACUGUGAAAUACAUCAAAACUCUCGAUCUUCAACUGAAGUAGCUACAGUUACUUCAACAAAUAAACGACAUAAUCUUCGCAAGCGUAAAUUAAAAAGACAAAGAGAUUGGCAUCCAAAGAAAAAUAUAUUUUUUGGAGCCACAAACUGUAACACUAAUGAAUCUAAAUCAGAAUCGUAUGUUAACAAAUGUUCUAGAUCAUUUGGUCUUUUGGCUAUGGUCAGUAACUGCAAGAUCAUCAUUAGCUAUGAUGAAAUUUUCAGAAGUGAAACUUUACGUGAAAUUGUUCAGUUACUUUUAAAUACUAUACGAAUUGCUGGUGAUGCUUUUCCAAAAAUAGCAUGCUAUGAUGACGGCUGUCAUCUUGUUCGAUAUGUACAUAAAAACGUUGGCAAGCUUAUUGCUGAUACACCAGCUUCGAAUGUUCUCAAGUGCACUAAAUUCUAUAUUGACAAACCUCAUUUUAAAAAUCACGUUGGAGACUGGUGCAAGAAAAACAUGUCUCCGUAUUCCAAUCAUGAUUUAGAUUUGAUUAACACUCAAUGUGCUGAACAGUGUUUUGCUUGGCUUAAGCGGUAUGCAGCGAUCAUCAGUAGUCUUGGCUGGAUGCGAGCACCACUGUAUCUACUGAUACUAUUUCAUUACAAAAAUUUAUCAACUUGUCACGUACGCCCAACUAAGCAUUUUAAUAUUGAUCAUCUCGUUCCCAAUGUGCCAAAUAUUAGUCUUUCACAUGCAGCGAGUCUUCAGCAAGACGAUCAUUUGCCUUUGUCUGAUCUCAACAAUAAUUUAAAUACAAACAUAUCAGAUGUAACAAAAAAUAUUAUUCAAUUGAAUGGAUUUGCUGAAAAUAAUAAAUGGAUAAAAAUGUCCGCACGUAUUCCACAUAACGUUCAAUCAGCAUCCGCAAAUACAAUCUCAAACUUACCCACUGAUGUUGAUAAUAAAUGGACGAAAAUUACUGAUAGGAUUAUUUCAUCAUCAAUAUUGAAAUCAAAAAGAUCAAACAAAAGAAAACAAUCACCAAACAUUCACAACAAGUGGAUCGAUCAAGUUGAAAAAAUACUGAAACAGUAG